AACCACACUUCCUCUCCUUCUCCUGCUGCUGCUCCUCGUCUCUCGAACGCACGCAGACAAGAAAGCAAGGAAGAGAACAUGGCGGUGAAGAAGCAGAACAAGGUGGGCCAGACUGCGGUGCUGAAGCAGAUACUGAAGCGGUGUUCGAGCUUAGGGAGGGAGGGCAAGAAGGAGGAGGAGGACGAAGGGCUGCCCGUGGACGUGCCCAGGGGCCACUUCGUCGUCUACGUCGGCGACAACCGGAGCCGCUUCAUCGUGCCCAUCUCCUACCUGGCCCGCCCCGAGUUCCAGAGCCUCCUCCGCCAGGCCGAGGACGAGUUCGGCUUCCACCAUCAUAUGGGCCUCACCAUCCCCUGCGACGAGGUGGCCUUCCGCUCCCUCACCUCCGCCCUCACCUGAAGUCCAACACCACCUCUCCUCCAUCAUCUUCUUCACGUGAAUUCCCAUGUUAGAUUAGCUGGGAAGGAUUAGUGUGUACAGUGCAGGGCGUGUUCUUCCCACCCUCUUUCACUGUUGAGUUCUAAUUUGCCGAAGAGAAACAGGAAAAGCUGCUUCUCUGUUAAUUAAUGUAUCUCUCUCUCUCUCUCUCUCUCUCUC